GUUCACGUCUGUGGCUGCUUUUAGGGCCGUGCUUUGCCGUGUAUUUUCACUUCCUUCUCUUCAGAGCUGUAUCCGGGUCGUUGCUUUCUCUAUUGUCUCAGGCAAACGGCCUCGGACUUUGCGAAUUCUGGGUCUUUUGUUGCAUCUGGUGCAGGCUAAUAAAGUUUUUCUUUCUUUUCUUUUAUUUUUUUUCUAACAGUUUUGACGGAGGAAAUUUACUGCCCGGGGCUGCUGGGGCCUGAGGGCGCCUCUGACAGGGGAGCCGUGGGAAGGGGCGCGAGCUGCAGGGGCCGGUUCGGCGAGGAGUAGGGGGCGGGGUGGGGGGCGGGAGGGGACCGGGGCCGCUCUAGAGGCGCCCGGGUCCGGUCGCUGCACCGAUUUUAAGUAGCAUCUUUCGGAUUUGUUGCCGCGGUAUCAGUCCCGACCUCGGCGCUGCCUGGGCUCUCGAAGCCUCUCCCUAGGUCUCCUCCAAACGACCACCUCACGGAUUCCUUAUGGAUCGCAGCUCCAAGAGGAGGCAGGUGAAGCCUUUGGCAGCUUCUCUGCUAGAAGCUCUCGAUUAUGAUAGUUCAGAUGACAGUGAUUUUAAAGUUGGAGAUGCCUCAGAUUCUGAAGGGAGUGGUAAUGGAAGUGAAGAUCCUUCAAAGGACAGUGGAGAAGGUUCCUGUAGUGAUUCUGAAGAAAAUAUUUUAGAAGAAGAACUGAAUGAAGAUAUUAAAGUAAAAGAAGAACAACUUAAAAAUUCUGCAGAGGAAGAAAUACUGUCCUCAGAAAAACAGUUAAUUAAAAUGGAAAAGAAGGAGGAAGAAGAGAAUGGAGAAAGACCUAGAAAGAAAAAGGAGAAAGAGAAAGACAAGGAAAAAGAGAAGGAGAAAGAAAAAGAGAAAGAGAAGGAAAGAGAGGAGAAAGAAAAAGCGACAGUAUCUGAUAAUGUGGCUGCUUCUGCUGCUUCUACCACACCAGCCAUAAGUCCUCCUGCUGUUAACACGUCUCCAUCAGUCCCCACUACAACAACCACUACAGAGGAACAAGUCAGUGAGCCAAAAAAGUGGAACCUUCGUCGAAAUCGACCGCUUUUGGAUUUUGUAUCCAUGGAAGAGCUGAAUGAUAUGGAUGACUAUGACAGUGAAGAUGACAAUGAUUGGCGACCUACUGUAGUAAAGAGAAAGGGAAGAUCUGCAUCUCAGAAAGAAGGAAGUGAUGGAGACAAUGAGGAUGAUGAAGAUGAGGGAAGUGGAAGUGAUGAGGAUGAGAAUGAUGAAGGCAAUGAUGAAGAUCACAGCAGCCCUGCCAGUGAAGGGGGUUGCAAGAAGAAGAAGAGUAAAGUUCUUAGCAGAAACAGUGCUGAUGAUGAGGAACUGACCAAUGAUAGCCUGACACUAUCUCAAAGCAAGAGUAAUGAGGACUCGCUGAUUCUUGAGAAGAGUCAAAACUGGAGUUCUCAAAAAAUGGACCACAUUCUGAUUUGCUGUGUUUGUCUUGGAGAUAAUAGCGAGGAUGCUGAUGAAAUAAUUCAGUGUGACAAUUGUGGCAUUACGGUCCAUGAAGGUUGCUAUGGAGUUGACGGAGAGAGUGACUCAAUUAUGAGUUCAGCUUCUGAAAACUCCACUGAACCUUGGUUUUGUGAUGCCUGUAAAUGUGGUGUUUCCCCUAGCUGUGAACUAUGUCCCAAUCAGGAUGGAAUUUUCAAGGAGACAGAUGCUGGAAGAUGGGUUCAUAUUGUCUGUGCCCUGUAUGUUCCUGGAGUAGCCUUUGGAGAUAUUGACAAAUUACGACCAGUAACACUGACAGAAAUGAACUAUUCCAAAUAUGGUGCCAAGGAAUGUAGCUUCUGUGAAGACCCUCGUUUUGCUAGAACUGGAGUUUGCAUUAGCUGUGAUGCAGGGAUGUGCAGAGCCUAUUUCCAUGUGACCUGUGCCCAGAAGGAAGGUCUGCUUUCAGAGGCAGCAGCAGAAGAGGAUAUAGCAGAUCCAUUUUUUGCUUAUUGUAAGCAACAUGCAGAUAGGUUAGACAGAAAAUGGAAGAGAAAAAACUACUUGGCUCUACAAUCCUAUUGUAAAAUGUCUUUGCAAGAAAGGGAGAAGCAACUGUCACCAGAAGCACAGGCAAGAAUCAAUGCCCGGCUUCAGCAGUAUCGUGCCAAAGCAGAACUAGCUCGAUCCACCAGACCCCAGGCCUGGGUUCCAAGGGAAAAAUUGCCCAGACCACUCACUAGCAGUGCUUCAGCCAUUCGUAAACUGAUGCGGAAAGCAGAGCUAAUGGGAAUCAGUACAGAUAUCUUCCCAGUGGACAAUUCAGAUACUAGUUCUAGUGUGGAUGGAAGGAGAAAGCAUAAGCAACCUGCUCUCACUGCUGAUUUUGUGAAUUAUUACUUUGAGAGAAAUAUGCGCAUGAUUCAAAUUCAGGAAAAUAUGGCUGAACAAAAGAAUAUAAAGGAUAAAUUAGAGAAUGAACAGGAAAAACUCCAUGUGGAAUAUAAUAAGCUGUGUGAAUCUUUAGAAGAACUACAGAACCUGAAUGGAAAACUUCGAAGCGAAGGGCAAGGAAUAUGGGCCUUACUAGGCAGAAUCACAGGGCAGAAGUUGAACAUACCGGCAAUUUUGCGGGCACCCAAGGAGAGAAAACCCAGUAAAAAAGAAGGAGGCACACAAAAGACUUCUAUUCUUCCUGCAGUACUUUAUAGUUGUGGAAUUUGUAAGAAGAACCAUGAUCAGCAUCUCCUUUUAUUGUGUGAUACCUGUAAACUCCAUUACCACCUUGGGUGUCUGGAUCCCCCUCUUACGAGGAUGCCAAGGAAGACCAAAAACAGUUACUGGCAGUGUUCAGAAUGUGACCAGGCAGGGAGCAGUGACAUGGAAGCAGACAUGGCCAUGGAAACCUUACCAGAUGGUACCAAACGAUCAAGGAGGCAGAUUAAGGAACCAGUGAAAUUUGUUCCACAGGACAUGCCCCCAGAACCCAAGAAGAUUCCAAUAAGAAAUACGAGAACCAGAGGACGAAAGCGAAGCUUCAUUCCUGAGGAAGAAAAACAUGAGGAAAGAAUUCCUAGAGAGAGAAGGCAAAGGCAGUCUGUGUUACAAAAGAAGCCUAAGGCUGAAGAUUUGCGAACUGAAUGUGCAACUUGCAAGGGAACUGGAGACAAUGAAAAUCUUGUCAGAAAAUGUGCCCGUCCUGUUUUUGUAUCUAAUUAUUUCUAGAAUAUGGGGGACAGAAAACUUGAAUUUGUUGAAACAUGUUCUCUAAAAUAAUUAGACUGAACUAUUUGCACUAGACAUGAAGAAUCUGAAAAUGAUCAAAGUCUUAAAGAGAAGGAUGGUUUAUAGUAUCUUACAAAUUUUUUAAAAAUACUGCUUCCUUUUUGCCAUUUGCUUUUAACAUUUAAUUAAAAAUUAUGUGGGAAGUUUCCAAUUAAAAUGUAUUUUUUUUUAUGCUACUGAGGGCUAAAGACCAAAAUGAAAUUCUGUUUUGAAAUUGUGAAGUCUUUUUAGGCAUUUAUCUCUUUGUAAUGGAUGUUCUUUGUUCUAGGUAGUUAUGGCCCAUGCAGUGAUCUAGUAUUUGUUUUUGUUUGCACAUUUCUGGCACAUUUAAUACUCAGUAAAUGCUUGGUAAAUGACUACUUCAUAAUAACUAAUGACUGAUUAUUCUUUGCUGAAUUAAUUAAAAAAAUGUAUACUGUUACAAUUUAUUCCUAGAACAAAUUCGUCAUUAAAUAGAAGUAUUUGGUGAAAAUAUUUAAAAGCCUUAAUAAAGGAGGAUUGCUUUUAUGUCAUUAAAGAAUAGGGGAUUAUUCGUUUCUGUGUAUUAAGGAAGGAAAUAGGAACUACAGACUUGAGAUUAGUUAGUUGAUGCAUCAGUGUAAUAAUAGAAAUGAAGUGAUCCCUCUUCUUGAUCAUAUUUGACUUGCAAAAGAUAGAUUUUUAGAUAUAGGUGGGCCUUUCUUCUAAGUCUUCAUUGAACUAUCAAAUUAAGAAUAAGACCAAACUUUUAGACCUCAAAUUUUACUUUAACUGUGCAAACUCAGUGUGACACAUUUUAUUACUUGAUGGGAGAUAGGAGAGAGGAAAAAGGUUUCUAAAACUAAGAACCCUAGAAUCCAUUGUCGCCUUGAAUAGCAUCUUUAAUUUUAUCUUGUAUUGUUGCUAUUACUCAGACACAUUGAGUGUAGGAAAUGAUCUAUGAAGCUAUUUCACUUUUAUAGCUAUGUCCACACUAUUAAACGCUUAUUACUGUAUUCUCCUUGAGUAUAUGGCAAAUUACAUAGAUACUUAACCAUUUUAGUUAUGAGAUGAGGAUGUCUGUUUGGUCUCUUAACAAUAUUAUUAGCACUUUUAUUUAGUUUCCAUUUUAAACAUCUGGAUUCUGAGUGUUCCCCCCGAAACUAAAUUUAAUUGUAUCAUAAGCUGUUGGAACACCAGCAAGAAUUUAUAUUUAUCAGAUUUGUAUUUCAAAUAUCAGUUUUUGUUUACUCAGGUGUUUUUAAAUUACCUGUUUUGUUCUAACAUAGAUGGAGGCUUAUUAGAUUGCCUGUGUCAUAGUUGAGAAGGUGUUUUCUGGUAGAGAUUUUAUUAGACUGGAGAGUAAAGCUAAGAUUAGUUACAACUUCAGUUACUAUAUUCAUAGGACAUCGGUUUGCUGAAAAUGGAUUGUUUUAAAUUACUUAAAAAAAUGAAACCUGGUGUUAUUUUUUAAGAAGAGUUGAGAUUACAGCUGAUAGAUUUCUUAAAACAAAUAGCAUGUAUUAUUUUAUUUUGAUUACAUACUUGUUAGUUUAUUAUUUCUUGUGCAAUUUAUCACAUAAUCAUUCUUAAUGAUAAAAUUUGCAUACUCAUGUAGGAGUUUCAUGAUUGUAAGUGAUGGUGUAAAUAUAUAUUAUUUGGAUACUUAUGAAUUAAAACUUAGAAACAACUACAAGUUUUAAAAUGAUUUGUGUCUUCUAAAAAAUUUCAAAUGUAUUAAAAACAGACAUUCCUGUACAAAGACAUUUCUGUACAAACUUCUGUUUUUAUUAUUUGCUUCUAUCAGCAAUUACAAGGAUAAGUUUUAGGUUUUUGUUUUACUUGUUUUGUCUUGUAUUCCUGAGUCAGUGGUUAGUACCAUUGAAUUACUGUAUUCUAAAGGACUAUUUCUAAAACUUGGAUUUUAAUAUUUCUUUCAGUUAUAUGUGGUAAAAUGUAUCCUCUCGUGUCACCCUGACAGCCUUUGUGUUAUACCGCUUUCUUCAAGUUUGGCUGUUACUCUGUCUGGUAUAUAUUUAACUUGGCUUUCCACUCUUGAAAGUAUAACCAUCUUGAAGGCAUAGUCUCUGUUUCACUUACCCUCAUAAACCUUUAUGUUCUCGCUCCAAGUUACUGAACACCAACCCCCACCCUCACCAACCAUGAUGGUUAGUGGCUGACACACUUCAUAGGAAGUUGUAUUAUGGAAUCAUUGCCAGGAUAUUAAAUCUGACUAAUUGUUAUGUUAGAUUUAAUAUAAAAGACAAAGAGCAGCAUACAAAGAUAUCUCAGAAGACAUAUGGACUUCCUGUACUCUUGGCUUGAAGAAAUAAUGCUGCCUAACUCCUUUAACAGGGUUCACAUCAAAAGAGAAGAAAAGUCUGGCAUUCUAAAUCCAAACUGAUGAAGCUUUAGGAAUUAAAUGUAAACAAGGAACAUAAUUAUGAACUCUUUGAAUGUUUAUUUUCUUAGAUAUUUAACUGUUCUUUUAUUUUUAUAUAUAAUUUUAAUAACGAUUAUAGAAACAGUUGCUUUUGAAGGAAAUUCUGAUAUGAUUAGUGAAUAAUAUCUAAUACUGAAGCAAGAUUAAAAUUCAGUAAAAUUAGAACACCUAUUUCUGUCACUUUCUGGAGUGUUUAACAUAAUUACGUCUUUAUUUUGAGAAAUACUAAUAAAUCUCCAUUUUGUUUAGUACACAGUUGAUUUUAACUUUUGAUAUCUUUUACAAAGGUAUUGCUUUAUGAGAUCAUCUUUAGUAAUGAAAGCUUAAUUUAUUAUUCUUGAAAACAUGGUGGUUUAAUUGUGUUAACUUUUAAAAAGCUACUUAAUUGGAUAAGCUUAAUACUACACAUAAAACUCUAUAAGAAUGCAAAUAGUUAAUACAUGAAUAAUGCUAGAAUGUAUAAAGAAUUCAGUCUGAUUAUUGAUUAACAAAGAUGUUUUUCUUUAUUAUCAAAGAUAAGUAGGAAAAAAGGGAGCAUAUAUAUUGCAAUUGUUUAAAGUUUUAAAAUAUAUUAUCCUUUAUGAUAUAUUUUUAAAAGUAGAUAUUUUUUGAAUUUGAAUGUAGACAACAGAAAAUUAAAAGUAAAAAAGUGGCUCUACCUAAAUAGAAACUUAAUCAUACAUGUUUUGUUUCAGUGUUUUAAAAUCUAGACUAUGUCAACUACAUAGACAAACAACAAUUUAAUGUCCCUAAAAUUGUGAAUUCUGAAGUAAUAAUGAAAUGAUUAAACAAGCUUAGACAGUUUCAUGGAAAUAUUGUGUCCAUAUUAAAAUUUAUUUAAAAGUG